AUGAUCGGCGACCACGAGUACGAGAGGUCCCUGUACCUGGAGGACUACCACGACCAUCACCACCACCGCCAUCGCCGAGGGUACCUUCGCGACUCGGACGAGGACACUGAGGACGCCUCGGAAACAGAGUCGAUGCGGCCGGGCGAUGAGGAGAGGGUCGCCUCGCGCUACCGCCCGGCGGACGAGAUGAAGGAGCAGUGCUUUCGCAGCCGCCUCGCCGAGCUCCACCAGCAGCUGGCCCAGCUGGAGGCGGGCACCCACCCUGCCUGGGUGAAGGGCUGCGAACGGCUGCAGAAGGACUACGAGGAGCAGAAAUUUGCCCUCAACGUCAGCUUCGAGCUGCAGAUGAAGCAGAUCAACAAGGAGUUCGAGACGGAGAAGGCCGCCGCCAUCAGCGAGUUCGAGGAGCGCCGCGCCGAGAUCAAGGAGUCGCUGCAGUCGGAGCUGGACGAACAGCGACGGCGCUUUCUGGAAGCGGACAGCAACGAUCUAAUGCUGGACGCGGUGGAGCCGAAACCGGUCAUCAGACGGCAGCUCCGCCGACGGCCCAACGACCCGGCGCCGAUGCCCACCGACCGCCGGCGACGGCCCUCGCCGGCGCACAUCAACUACCUGCUCGAUGAUGAGCAGAUCGCCGACGACCUGAAGCUGAUGGACAAGAUACUGAAGGAGGCAAAGUCGGCCGCCCGAGAGGAGAGUCGGAAGAUCAAAAUUAAAAGCGAACACCGCGAGGAGACGCGCAAGAUCAAGGGCGACCACCACCGAGGAGGAGAGCACCACUCGCACAAGGGCGGCGGCGGCGGUGGCGGACACCUCUCCGCGGAUAAGGUCAAACAGGAGCACUGCGUCUUUGAGGCGCGCAUUGAGGAUGGCAAGCUCUUCUACAACAAAAAAUGGUACCACCGAGGACAGAACAUCAUGCUGGAGGCGACGGCCGAUGGCGCCAAGUACCCGGGCAUCAUCCACCAGAUCGGCAACUCGGACCUCACCAUUCGCAAGACCUCGGAGACGACGCUGAAGCAGUCGAACACUAAGGUGACGGUUAAUGAUCUGAAGAUAAACAAGUACAGCAUUCACCGACGAUCUUGA